CGAGAGCAGAGGCACCGAAAGCUGGCGUCUCUGUGCAGCAGCUUCGGCUCCAACAGCAGCAGGCGCAGCAGCAACCCCCGCAGCGGCGGCAGCCCCGGCGCCAGGAGGCCAAGGCCAAGGCCAGGCUCUGUGCGGCUCUCCGAGUAAUAGCCGCGGCUCCGGCGGCUGCGGGGGCGCAGCUUCCUCCAGCAGAGCCCUUCGCGUCGGCGGCCGCGGCCGCGGGGCCUCUCCUGCGCGCCCAGGGUCACCGUCCCCGAAGCCCGGCGGCGCGGCCCCCUCCCAGCCCCCCAUCCGUCUCCUUCUCGCUCCUCUCAGCCGCCCUCCUCGCCGCCGCGUCUGCCGUUCCUCAGGCGGCCCGGCCCGGCCCGCCCGCCCCGCGUCCCCUCCGGCCGGUGCCUCUUCCCCCGGCGGGCUGCCUGCAUGUCUUUGCUGCCCUCAGCCCCGCCGCCACCGCCGCCGCCGCCUCCCCCGCCGCCGCAGCACCAGCACCAGCAGCAGCCGCCCCGCCGCCGCCGCCGCCGUCGCCGCCCGGACCCCGGCGCGCUGAAUGCAGACUAAUAGGGAUGCCAAAGGAAAAAUAUGAUCCUCCAGAUCCUCGCAGAAUUUAUACCAUCAUGUCAGCAGAGGAGGUAGCCAAUGGGAAAAAAUCUCACUGGGCAGAAUUAGAAAUCUCGGGUAGAGUGCGGAGCUUAAGUACAUCACUUUGGUCAUUGACACACUUGACAGCACUGCACCUAAAUGACAAUUACCUUAGUCGCAUUCCACCUGAUAUUGCCAAGCUUCAUAAUCUGGUUUACCUGGAUCUGUCAUCCAAUAAACUCAGAAGUUUACCAGCAGAACUAGGAAACAUGGUGUCUCUCAGGGAAUUGCUUUUAAAUAACAAUCUGUUACGGGUUUUGCCUUAUGAACUUGGUCGGCUCUUCCAGCUACAAACUCUAGGUUUGAAAGGCAAUCCUUUAUCACAGGAUAUUCUCAAUUUAUACCAGGACCCAGAUGGAACCCGAAAGCUACUGAACUUCAUGCUUGACAAUCUUGCAGUUCAUCCAGAGCAGCUUCCUCCGAGGCCAUGGAUUACAUUAAAAGAACGAGACCAAAUUCUGCCAUCAGCAUCAUUCACGGUUAUGUGUUACAAUGUGUUAUGUGAUAAAUACGCCACCCGGCAGCUAUAUGGCUAUUGCCCAUCCUGGGCAUUAAACUGGGAAUACAGGAAAAAGGGAAUUAUGGAAGAAAUUGUUAACUGUGACGCAGAUAUCAUUAGUCUUCAGGAAGUGGAAACAGAGCAAUACUUCACUCUCUUUCUGCCAGCAUUGAAGGAGCGUGGAUAUGAUGGAUUUUUUUCUCCAAAGUCACGUGCCAAAAUCAUGUCUGAGCAGGAGAGAAAGCAUGUGGAUGGUUGUGCAAUAUUCUUCAAAACAGAAAAAUUUACAUUGGUGCAGAAGCAUACAGUGGAAUUUAACCAAGUGGCAAUGGCUAAUUCAGAUGGAUCCGAAGCUAUGCUGAACAGAGUGAUGACAAAAGAUAAUAUUGGUGUCGCUGUGGUAUUAGAGGUCCACAAAGAACUAUUUGGAGCAGGUAUGAAGCCUAUUCAUGCUGCAGACAAACAGCUGCUUAUAGUGGCAAAUGCCCACAUGCAUUGGGACCCAGAAUAUUCUGAUGUGAAACUCAUUCAGACCAUGAUGUUUGUCUCAGAGGUUAAAAACAUUCUGGAGAAAGCCUCAAGUAGGCCUGGCAGCCCAACUGCAGAUCCUAAUUCCAUCCCGCUGGUGCUAUGUGCAGAUCUUAACUCAUUGCCAGAUUCAGGUGUCGUGGAAUAUUUAAGCAAUGGAGGAGUAGCUGACAACCAUAAAGACUUCAAGGAACUAAGGUACAAUGAGUGUCUUAUGAACUUCAGCUGCAAUGGAAAGAAUGGAAGCUCAGAAGGGAGAAUCACACAUGGCUUCCAACUGAAGAGCGCCUAUGAAAAUAACUUGAUGCCUUACACCAAUUACACCUUUGAUUUCAAAGGCGUGAUUGACUACAUUUUCUAUUCCAAGACUCAUAUGAACGUGCUUGGUGUCCUGGGGCCUUUAGAUCCUCAAUGGCUGGUUGAGAACAACAUCACUGGGUGUCCACACCCUCACAUCCCUUCAGACCACUUCUCACUGUUAACACAACUUGAACUCCACCCUCCACUCCUGCCUCUUGUCAAUGGUGUUCACUUGCCUAAUCGGAGGUAGUGGAGUACUGCCCCGCAAAGACGGGGAUCUGUUACUAUGGACCUGUACAGUUGUAAAUCAAAGUAUGUAGGAGUGAAGUAUGGCCAUCCUUAAGCUGCUUCUUCAGGUUCCUUUCAUUAUGUGUUUGCUAUAAGAUUUUGUACAAUUUUGUGCAUAUUGGUAUCAUUUGGCACUAGGGCUGGAACCAAAGUAUUAUCACUCUCUUUCCAAAUUUUUAAUUUAACAUGUUUUUAAGUUGGACCUUCUUCAUAUUAUAUUAGGAGUCAGCAUUCAUAAUUGAUAAAUCACCGAUUCAAGGCCCAACAACAGGGUAUUUGUUUUUCCAAAACAAAUACUUUCUUUUGAAUGGUUUCAAGUGAGCCAACCAUUUUUCAUUUUUGUGAAAGGCAGUUUUUAAAAACUAUAAAUAUAAGAUUUUAAACUGAAUGAUGGCAUGCCUUGCAGGAAACUUCCUUGAAUUUCUGUUUUCCAUGAUAACAAACUGAUUUUUGGCUCCCCAGUCAUUUGCACAUUAACAAAGCACUUAAAUUUGCUAGAUCUGUACAUAAACUAGCCAUAAUGAGAAAAACUGAGGAAUGAAAGGUGAUUGCACAAUAUGCUUUCAAAAUCAAGCAUUUAACAGCACACAACAAUUUGUUGGGCAAGUGCUGGUUGGUUUUUUUUAUUUGUUUGUUUUGUUUUUUGAGGAAUCAUUCUGUAUUUUGUUCCCCUAUUAGUUAUAACCUUACUAGAAGUAUUAAUUCUAAGCCUGUCUCUUCAGUUUCUUUAUAGGAAAACAACGGGUAAUUUCUGCUGCCACACAUCUUGAAAAUAGAAUUUGGUCUAUUUAGGAUGCCCACAAAAUUAGUGUCCAGUAUUUUUUAUUGUUUCCAUCCACCCUUUUCUGCCUGGUUGUGCUGGAAAAAACAGAUAUUAUAUGAUCUGUAUCAUUUUUGCUGUUAUGGUCAAAUGUUUAAAAAAUAACUACUGAAUGAAAAGGCCCUGAUCAAAGUUUUAGAAGAAGAAAGCUACAAAUAUUUCAUGUGUUUCCCAGAGUAGGUCAAGUGGCUGUUGGUUUUGGCUUUUUGAGGUGACAGUGGGAAGGAUUUGGGAGAGAGAGAGAACAGGGAGUAGUUGAAAACCUUGGAUCAUUUUUCCUGACUCUAGUUGCCAAAUGGCCAUUAUAUGCUUUUAAUCUUUGUUUCCAUUGUCUGUCAGGGUUGAAUUAAGAAGCUACUGGUUUAUUCCCAACUGUUGAUGCUCUUUAGAUAUGUUGGAAUCCUUUUUUCGCCCAGGAGGGGCCAGUUGAAAAUCUGUGACUCAAGAGGCAGUGAUUGAAAUACCGUUUAAUGGGGGAAAAAUUGGUUGGCUACUUGAUGUUAAUUAUGGCACAGUAACAGGAAAAGGUUGUGUCUGUGUUUUUAAGUUUUUCUUUAUUCUGCUUUUUUGCUGCUAUAAGAGUUUUCUGAAAUUUAUAUUUUAAACUUUUCAUGCACUUUACUGUUUCUAGUCUCAAAAUGUGAUAUUUUUAAUAAACAAGAAACUUUCCAUUAUGUGAAUGAAAUUUUAAAAGAAAAUAGCCUAUAUUUGUGUUUCACUAAUAUAUAAAGUACAGGUCAAAUUUAAAUUAUUUAAUUAGUUUUAAAUAUAUACAAUUUGUCUCCUCUUUCAAACCUGACAUCUUAGGCUGUUUUAUUAGUCUUAAAUGAUGCAUUUCCUUUGGUCAUUUUAUACUAAUUUCUUCCAUAGUAAAUUAAUCAGGCUACAUAAUAUGAUAUUUCCCCUGAAGGGUAAUUUUAGUGCGACGAGGGAGGUGGGUUGAUGUAAUGUCUUAUAUGGGAUUGCAUCAGAAGGGUUCUGUAAAACCUAAACUCCCUUUUAAAAGUGCCUAGUGAUAGAGGCGUUGUUUGUCAUCUAUUAUAAUUGGAAUGUCAUUAUAGUUGAGUGAAGUUUGAUGUAAAUAAAAUAUUCUUUUGAAAAUGUCAAGAUAUCAGAAUAAACAAAAUAAACAAAGAAACAACCCUUAAGAUGACAGAUUUUCCUCAAUGUGCAGGUAUCCCUUCUUAUAUACCUCAAGCAUUCAACAUCUAGCCAUGCAAAUUGAUUACAUAGUACUGGAAAGUAGAAUAGCAUGAAAAACUUAAUUUUGUGGACAUUACCUUUUUUUGUAAUCAGCUACUGUAUGUUUUAUUUUAAAUCUUUUGUUUUGGGUGGGUUUUCUGCUCUGGAGGUAUAUGCACUAACAAAACAUUUUCCUCCUUUCAUCUACGCAUGUUAAUUAGCAAUGUGAGCAAUAUUUCUUACCAUACUUCACUCCCAAUAUUUUUUGAGAUGUUUGUAUAAAAUGGAAUUUAAAGUUCACUUAUGAUUGUAUAUGAACCACAGAGGAGCCCAUUUAUUAAUAAAAAACUUUUUUAAUAGUUAAAUGUAGAGGGAAAAAUAAAAAAAAUUGGGAAACAUUGUAAACAGCUUAAGUUUAUUUUGUGUAUGAUUGAGGCACUCUGUUGCAGGAAGGUGUGUAAUUGGGUUCUCUCUGCUUCCAAAUGCACUCUUUCAAACCAUUCAUUAUCCUGUGUAUUUUUAAUGUGGUUUUAGUAAAUGUUGGUAGUAGCUCUGUUGAAGUAGGUAAUUGUGUUAUGUUUUGGGUGGCAAACACACUUGGGGCAUGGUGACCCAAAUUUCAUGUGCACGGUUUCCCUUUAGCCCACUGCCCAAAUUUCACACACCCUUCACCCUUUGUUCCCUUUGUAAAAGGAGUGGUAUCUGUUUUGAGCUGCCAAUUCAGAUGAUCAGAAAUGCUGCUCUCCUCAGUAUUGUCUUGUUAAAAACGCAUGCCAUUUGGACCUUUGGCAUGAAAAGCCAAAAGGAAGAGGUGAAUGACAUAUGGUAUAUAUUCAGUGAAAGUAAAAUAUUUAUGCUCAUAUACUUUCUGGUUCUCAGAAUAAGUUAAUAAGCUUUAUGCCAUGGGGCUGCUGCAUAUUUUAUCUGAAGAUGAGAGAAAAUUGGGGCAUUUUUAGAUUGUGAUAAUGUUUUCUUUUAACUGUUAAAUAUGAUUUCUGAUAUUUUUCUAAGAACUGGAGUGUUCUUUAAAUUUAUUGAAACAGUGCUGUUUGAGGAGGGGAAAACUGCACUAUUUGUCAUUACAACAGUCAUACAGUGCGUGUCGUCACCCACUCUCUCAGGCAUCAGUAUCCGCCUCAUAGCUUUACACAUGUUGAUGGGGAGUCUUGCAGCAUCCUCAGGACUGACAUCUGGGAAAGGCUCAAAUCCACUUACUGCUCCUUGCUUGUUGACUUUGUUUUAAAAUAUUGUGCCUGGUGUCAACUUUUAAGCAACAGCACUGCCUAAAAGCAAGCAGAGAACAGAAUCCCAGCACCAUUCUAUAGGCAACUUUUUAGAAUUCAAAUAUAGUAAAUCUGUUCAAGAUUUAUGAUGUUUUAUGUAAAAAAAAUUUUUGUACAACGUAGCUGAAUAUUUUUGUUUCAUUUCUUUGAUGUAAGGCGUGUGAACGUUCGUUUGAAUAUCACAUGUUAAAGUCAGGUAUGGCACAAUGGGUUCUGAGACCAGCUUUUCCUCCCUCCCAUUUGCCUUGUUCCGAGCUCUUUCUUUUCAAAUUACUUUUCUGAUAUUCAUAGGCAAAUAUUUAAUUUUACUAAUAAGCAUCCUGUGUGAAUGUAUUAAGCCACUGUGUUUUAGUGUUGUUGUUUGCAGAAAUAUAAAGCUUCAUUUCUUAUUUGUCCCUAUUUGGUGUUUUAAAGUUACCUAUUAAAUCACAGAGAAGCAAGGGAGAAAGUUGAAAGAUCCCGAAGGCUCAUAUCACUUGAUUCUACGGUGGGUUGUAUUAGAAUUGAGGAUGUGACACCUUAAAACUGGAACAUGGGCAAUCAUAUGGUGUUCCAUUUUAAAAUUGUAUCUCCUAAGUAUAUACCAUUAAAUGGGUGAAAGAUUAAGUUUGUAUUUGCAUCUCCAAGAGUUUCUAAAAAUCACUAGUGCCAUGUAUACUUUCAAAUCAAAUAGCAAAGAAUAGAGAAAGCACAAGAAAAAAAAAAGUUAAAUGUGUUCUUCGAUGGAACCAGAGGCAUAUGGUUCGUCAUUCCCAAUCCAAGGCUAGAUUUUCUAGCAAUAAAAAUUGACUGUAUCCCCAGUACUUACUUCUUUGUUUCUAAGGUCUUAUAUUCUAAGUUUCUGAGGGAUUUUAAUAGCUUUGUAAAAGGCACUGACUGAUCAGUAGCUUCAGUCACAGAAAACGUCAUCAGUUUCUGAUACAUUUGGCAGGCCCUGAGAAUAAUGGUUUCAUAGCAAGCAAAGACUUCAGUGCACAUUUUCAAAAUAGCACUCAUAUAUACUUACAUUUUGACAGAAAUGUGAAUUCUCACAUUUGUAAGGUAGUCUUUCUCUUCUACCUGUCCUCCCCCUUAAAAAAAAAGACACCUUUCUAAUGUGUAGAAGAUUUGUUUAACCUUUUCCUUCUGAACUGUAUCAUGUUUGUAGAACUCUGUGAAUUAUUGGUACACAAAUUAACUAGGGAAAUAAGAAUAUUUUUCUAAGCCAGGAGCUUUAAAGUUUUGAAUUUGUAGACAGAUGAGAAAUUUUAUACUUAUGGUUGCUUUGAGUGAUUGUAAUUUUUUAACAGCCUCAUGAUUACUAAAUUUGAAUUCAAACCUAAGUAGAUUAGUACAUCUUAACCUGGUUUAUUUACCAAAGUUGUAAUCUGUUUAAGAACAGGAUGCCAAGAGCGUCUUGUGUUUUACAGCAUGAUACAUCUUCAUUGUGUGUCACCUUAAAGCUUAAAAGAAAAAAGAAGGUUCUUAUACCUAUACUGCAGGGUGUUCUGAACAAGAUCCACAGAAAGAAAAAAGUAGUUCUUUUCAGGAAGGUGGUAAGGGAGAACAUGCAUGUUUCUUGUUUAUAACCAAAUGCCUUGUGUAAGUUUCUCUGUUAAAUCACAAGUUCUGUAAGAAAUAGGGAAAUACCAGGAAAAGCAAGCUUUAUUAGCCUAGUUAGUAAUUUCUUUUGGCAUAAGUUUGUUUGGUUAUUCUUGGAACCAAAGGAAAACAAGCAUGUUGAGGUUUUAUUCAACAAACAUUAUGACAUCAAAGUAAUGGAAUUUUAAGUAAAAUAAUUUUCACUUUCAAAG